AUGUCACAUGAUUGUGAAGUCAUUGUGAAGCAGGCGUUUUCAGAUGGACCACACGUCACAUGAUUGUGAAGUCAUUGUGAAGCGAGCGUUUUCCGAUGGCCCACACGUCACAUGAUUGUGAAGUCAUUGUGAAGCAGGCGUUUUUCAGAUGGACCACACGUCACAUGAUUGUGAAGUCAUUGUGAAGCGAGCGUUUUCAGAUGGACCACACGUCACAUGAUUGUGAAGUCAUUGUGAAGCGAGCGUUUUUAGAUGGACCGCAUGUCACAUGAUUGUGAAGUCAUUGUGAAGCAGGCGUUUUCAGAUGGACCACACGUCACAUGAUUGUGAAGUCAUUGUGAAGCAGGCGUUUUCAGAUGGACCACACGUCACAUGAUUGUGAAGUCAUUGUGAAGCAGGCGUUUUCAGAUGGACCACACGUCACAUGAUUGUGAAGUCAUUGAGGAGCGUGUGUUUCAGACGGGAUGAAGUGCAGUUGUAGUUCCAAUCCAUUAAUAUAGAAAAUUACAUCCUAUAUUACAUUCACUUUUCUAUUUGACUAGUCUACUGUUCUCAACAUGAUUAGAGGUAACAGCCACACUUAGAAACACACAUAAGAGUAGAGCUGAAUGGGUUAAUACAAUAUUGGCUGAACUCUUAAGCUUGGCUUCCGAGGACCUCCUUGUGUGUUUUGGCAUCAUGCUAUUUCCUUAUGAGAUUUAAUCUCGGUAACCAAGCAAUCCAGAUAAAAUGUGACUCAUUAAACUGACAGCCUGAAGCUGGGUGUGGGACACUCCCUUUACAAAUCUGUAUCACGUUUAGCACUGAGUUAGGCAGAGAUACAGACAGGCCCAAUCUCCAGCACUGACUGUAUCAGUUUUCAGAGUGUUGGAUAUGAUCCGCCCGGCCCGUGAGCCCAUCUCUCAGAGACAGACCCAAGCCUGUCCGGAGCUGCCCGGCUCGCUGGAGACUGAACUGGAGCAGCUGCUGGAAUCGGAGACCCUCGAACAAGCUCAGGCUCUGAGGAGAGACUGGCAGGACUUCAAGCAGCUCCACAAGCGCUUUUUCCAGAGGGAGACUCUGUCAGUGCAGUGGGACAGGAUUUUCAAACCCCCACAGGAGGCAAUACAGGCCUACGAGACUCUCCAAGCCAGGGCCUUGCCUGAAGACGUCUCCUCCUUGCUGAACAAGCUGGUGGUGGUGAAGCUCAAUGGAGGGCUGGGGACCAGCAUGGGCGUGCAGGGCCCCAAAGGGCUGAUGGAAGUGCGUGAUGACAACACCUUCCUGGACCUGACUAUCCAGCAGAUUGCGCACCUCAAUAAGACUCACAGCUGUGACGUGCCCCUCGUCCUGAUGAACUCCUCCCUCACUGAGGAGGACACGCAGAGAAGCCUGCAGAGAUACAGCCACUGCCCCGUCAAGAUCCACACCUUCCUGCAGAGCAGAUACCCUCUAGUGCGGAAGGACACCAUGCUGCCCCUGAUCCACCCUGCAGGGUGGGCCCUGUCUGGCCACGGGGACGUGUACGCCAGCCUGUGCCGCUCAGGCCUGGCAGAGCUCUUCACAGCGCAGGGGAAAGAGAUCCUCUUCAUCUCCAACAUAGACAACCUGGGAGCCACCGUGGAUCUGCACAUCCUCAACCAUCUGCUGCAGGAAGAGUCCUCCGCCACCGGGGGGCGCUGCGACUUCCUCAUGGAGGUGACUGACAGGACGAGGGCUGAUGUCAAGGGGGGCACUCUAAUAGAGCUAGAUGGGAAACUGCAGUUGCUGGAGAUUGCUCAGGUGCCCAGGGAACAUACAGACGAGUUCAUGUCUGUGUCGGAAUUCAAGAUCUUCAACACUAAUAACCUGUGGGUGUCUCUGGAGUGCAUGAGGAGACUUGACAGACAGCAGGCUCUGCACAUGGAGAUCAUAGCAAGCAGCCAGACUCUGCCCAGCGGUCAGGAGGUCAUCCGGCUGGAGACGGCCGCAGGCUCGGCCAUCGGGAGUUUUGCGCGGCCACGGGGGGUCAAUGUGCCGCGCAGCCGCUUCCUGCCGGUCAAGACGACCUCUGACCUCCUGCUGGUGAAGUCCAACCUGUACGAGCUGCGAGGGGGGGCUCUGGAGAUGAGCGAGAACCGAGAAUUCAAGACAGUGCCACUGGUCAAACUGGGAGCCCCCUUCACGAAGGUUCAGGAUCUGCGGACUCGUUUCGAGAACAUUCCGGAUCUCCUGGAUCUCGAUCACCUGACUGUCUCGGGCGACGUCACCUUUGGGAAGGAUGUGGUCUUGAAGGGGACGGUUAUCAUUAUAUCGAAUCACGGGUCCAGUAUUGCCAUACCGAGCGGUUCUAUUCUGGAGAAUAGGGUGGUGUCAGGAAACCUGUCUGUACUGGACCACUGACCCACUGACCCACGGCCUGACCAACACGUUCUCAUGAAGAAACCAAAUCUGUUGCAAUUGAGGCACAUUGAGACGUGUGUUUUUAUUUUAUAUCUGGUACUACACUUAAAGUAAUCUCUGUUCUCUUUGGUCACCUGGAGGGUGGAAUAGUCGCACCCCUUCUAUCUCAGUAACCAACCAGCUGCUUCCCCUGUUGACUGAUAUGCUUCCAGCCAGUAGACCCAGAAGACACGGUGAAAUGACCCAGGAAGUGUUCCGGAUUUCUUGAGAAUAAGGCAUGGAAACCGAGAACUUUCUUUACCCUAAAGCUGUACCAGGCAUCUUGUUUUAAAUCAAAAUGCAUGUGUGCUAUAACAAGUGCUUCUUUCAAAACAGAAGUGCAAAACAGGGAAGAUUAAUGGAAUUAUCUUGUUAGCUAAAAUUACCUGAACGUGCUCCAGACCCCCUGCAGUGUUCACAAGAAACGCAUCCCGUUACCUGUGCUGUGUCCCAUGUUGUCCCAUGUUGUCCCAUGUUGUCCCAUGUUGUCCCAUGUUGUCCCUUGUUGAUAUGUAAACUCUUUUGACAUUUUAAUCACAGAUCACUGGUCAUAAAUCAGCUGGGCGAUACGUUCUCAACAUUUACUCUGGAGCGUUCGCCAUUUACUCGGAAUCGCAGUGCGUCCAGAUCACGCUCCCUCCUUCAACGAUGCUGGCUUUCUGUUCCUAACACAGAGCACUCAGUUGAAUCACCAGCAUUGUUACAGGAGGGAGUGUGAUCUUGAUACGACGUUCCUAUGUAGCAGUUGAAAAAAGCAAUUCCCUUGUUGAUAUGUAAUUAAUCAAAACAAAAAUGUUUCUAUUUUGUAUUUUCAAUAUUUGUAUAAAACGUCUUUUAAAUCCAUUAAAUAUAUUUCUAUUUAACUUUACCGGA